AUGCAGAUCAGAAAACUUGAGCUGUGUAUCUCAGUUCUAGUGUUUUUGAUGACCGCUUGUUACUUCGGGGAGGUGAGCUCUGUGAAGCUCCCUGCAGCAGAGGUGAUGAAGGCCUGUUUAUCACAAGACUGCAGGGCGAUAUUGCCACCAGAGAUGCCAUUUCCCUCCUGGGCGCAACUUGUUUCUGCAUUCAGCACUGGUGCUCUCAGGGAAGACGCCACGAAAACGCUGACCUUUGCAGGCACAACUUGUUUCUGCAUUCAGCAUUGGUUCUUGCUGGAGAGUAGCUUCGCAUUGUUCGUGGCGUUGCUCAUCAACCUCGCAGUGGUCUCAGUCUCCGGAACCUUGUCUGUAACUAAGCUCUGCAUCAAUACUGCAGCGAAUUUUAACCCUAAACUCUGCUCGCGAUGCAUUUUCACAGAAUAUGCUGGGCAAAUCAAGCUCCAUCAUCCAUGGAAUCUCUUUAUUGGCCUCCUGUCAAAGCUCUUCAAUCUCAGCCUUUUGGUAGCCAUUAUCGGAGGAACAGCAGGGAGGCUUAUAAUCAUAGCAUCGAUGAUCCUCUCCUACGAGCUGCCCCUCGCCCUCGUCCCUCUCAAGUUCAGCAGCAGCACCACCAAGAUGGGGCCUCACAAGAACUCCAUCUACAUAAUUGUGGUCUCAUGGGUCAUCGGCUUGGGCGUGAUUGGGAUCAACGUCUACUACUUGAGCACGAACUUUGUGACUUGGAUAAUCCACAGCAGCUUCUCGAAGCCUGUGACGGUCUUGAUUGGGGUCGUGGUCUGA